AUGGCAUUUGCUGUGAAAAGCCGAGCGCUGAAAAGGUUAAACAGCCAGCGGUUAGCAGCACGAGUCCCUGCCGGUGUCCGGCGGAGGGGAAAAUCCUCCCACAGACCGGCCAGGGAAUCCCGCCUCGGGCCACCUCCCUGCCCCCGCGCGAAGCCGUCUCCAGUGGGCGUCCCCGCUCUUCCUCCCCGGCCAGCGCGUGGGCGCCGCUCCCGGCCGCCCUCCUGCGUGCCCCGGGCAAGCGGCAAGCGGGGUCCCCGGGGCCUCGGCACCGACCUCUCCGGGAGCUGGAAGCGCCGUCCCGGCGGCCGCGAGCGAAGCGCCAUGGAAACCACUGGAUCCCGUCCAUCUCCAAAACUGAGGGCUUUCCUGCAAACUUCACACUCAGGAAUCCAUGACGUCGCCUCCUCCGCGGCCAGCCAGCGCCGUGGCUCCUUCGGCCGCCAGCACAAGUCCCUGAUUGUUCGCGAGAGAAGUCCGGGAGAGGGAGCGAAGCGGGAGACCGCGGGGCGCAGGGGGUGGGGCGGCCCUGCACCAGCUCCGGGCCGCGGUGGGCAGGGAUCGCGCGGCCACCGCCUUCCUGCAGCAGCUCUUAAUAAAUCAUGCCUAAGACUCCCGGGUUCCCCGCUUUCCAAGCGGGCGCCCCUCGGAGAAAGCGCCCCUCGGUACAAAGCAGCAGGCUGCGGAGGCCCAGUCCCUUCACGGCCUCUGGCUGCCCAGAUGUUUGGGUGUUCGGGAUGGUGAGGAGGAGGAGGAGGAGGAGGAAGGAAAAGAAAUAAAUAAUAGUGCCUGUGUCAA